GCAGGAGAUGCGACUUUGCUGCCUGAAGAUGGUGGCCAUCUGCUCAGUAGAAGUGGCUCUCCAUCAUGAAGGGUGAAGCGGCCGAGUGGCAUGAGCAGCCUUCUUGGAAAGAUCACCUCCAAAAAGCAGAAGAUGAGCACGCUGGAGAAAUCCAAGCUGGACUGGGAGAACUUCAAGGAGGAGGAGGGCAUUGGGGAGGAGCUGGCGAUCCAUAACCGAGGGAAAGACGGGUACAUCGAGAGGAAGGCCUUCCUGGAGCGCGUGGACCACAGGCAGUUCGAGAUCGAACGCGACCUCAGGCUGAGCAGGAUGAAGCCCUGAGGGGCCGGCRGGCGGCCUCGGGGGACGCCGCUUGCCGCCA